AUGCCGAAGGGAACCGCCGCUCGCGGUCGUAAGCGCGCGGCCGCCGACGACUACGAGGACGAUGGAUUCGUCGUUGCCGACGAGGGAUCUGCGCACAAGAAGGCAAAGAAGGGCCAAGCCAAGGGAAAGCAUGUUGACGACGAGGGCAAUCCGUUUUGGGAGCUGUCAGCCAAGCGCCGCGUCACUGUCUCGGAGUUCAACGGGAGGCCAAUGGUGGGCGUCCGCGAGUACUACGAGAAGGACGGCAAGCAGCUGCCCGGCAAGAAGGGAAUCUCCCUUAGCCUCGACCAGUACAACACCCUCAUGGAAGUCCUGCCCGAGGUCGAGACCGCCCUAGCGAAGAAGGGCCAGACAGUUGUGCGACCUAAUUUCGAAGGCAAUGCAGCCAAAGACAAGGCCGACGAGGACGACGACGAGGGCAGCGACGCCAAUAAAAAGAAUUUCGAGGCGACAAGUGACGAGGACGACGAAUGA